AUGGCAUCCAGUUGUGGUCCACCCAAUUGCUCUUCCUCAGCUUCUUUUAAGAGCCACUCUAGGCUUCCAACUUCCAAGGCUCUCUCUGCCUGUCCUGGCUACCCAUCAAGAAGUCAUGAAAUCAGCCGGUGCCAAGCUAAGGUCUGUCCACCUAAUGCCUGCCAUCCAAUUCCCUAUCGCUCUCCCAUCUACCUCCUGAACAAUUUCAGGGUAUCCUCUGGUGAAGCAAGCUGUGGUUGGUCUGGCGAGGGCAGCUUUGAUAGCAAUGAGAAAGAGACCAUGCAGAUGCUGAAUCAGCGCCUGGCUAACUACCUGGAGAAAGUGAGACGUCUGGAGCAAGAGAACGCCUCCCUAGAGUGCAAGAUCCGGGAGCAGCAUGAAAGGCAGACCCCUGUCGUGUGUCCCGAUUACCUGUCUUACUUCAAGAUCAUAGAAGAGCUUCAACAGAAGAUCUUGUGCACCAAAGCUGAGAAUUCCAGGCUGGUCUCCCAAAUAGACAACACUAAAGUGGCUGCUGAUGACUUCAGAGCAAAGUAUGAAACUGAAUUGUCCCAGCGGCAGCUGGUGGAAGCUGACACCAACAGCCUCCAUCAAAUCCUGAAUGCACUGACCUUGUGCAAGGCUGACUUGGAGGGACGAGUCGAAUCUCUGAAAGAGGAACUCCUUGAGCUCAAACACAACCAUGAAGAGGAAGUGAAUUCAUUACAAUGUCAACUUGGUGACAGACUCAACAUAGAAAUAAAUGCUGCCCCCUCUGUUGACCUGAACCAGGCACUGCAAAAAAUGAGAUGCAAAUAUGAGUCUUUGGUUGAGACUAACCGCAGAGAUGUUGAAGAAUGGUUCAACACCCAGUUGCAGGAACUGAGCCAGCAGGUGGUAUCCAGCUCAGAACAGCAGCAAGGCUUCCAGAAGGAGAUCCUUGAUCUGAGGCAUAAUAUCAGUGCUCUGGAGAUCGAGCUGCAGGCCCAGCACAGCCUGAGAGCUUCUCAGGAGUGCAUCCUGACUGAUACAGAGGGCCGCUAUGCAAUUCAGCUAGCACAGAUCCAGUGCCUGAUUGAGACCGUGGAAUCCCAGCUAGCUGAGAUCCGAUGUACACUGGAGAGGCAAAAUCAAGAGUAUCAGGUCCUGCUGGAUGUGAAAUCCAAGCUGGAAUGUGAGAUUGCCACAUAUCGACAUCUUCUGGAGAACACUGACUGCAAACUUCCCUGCAAUCCAUGUGCCUUGGAAUGUAAUCCUCCACCUCAGAGGCCCUGCAAAGUCCAGGACACAGAAUGUAUGGUCCCAGUUUAUGUUCCAUGCAAGCUGUGCAACCUCUAUGCUCCUUCGGUUUGCAACCUCUGCUCAUCCCUACCUGGAAUCUUGGCCAGAAUCUAUACCCUCACCCAGGAGGUUCAGGACGGGAAAGUAAUUUCUUCCCGAGAGCAUGUACAACCUCGCUUCAUCCCUCGCUUCCACAUCCAUUGUACAAAGGGAGACAAAGGAGUCAACUGA